CAGGGAGGAUGCAGAAAUUUAUUAAUUCAACCAGACUCCGCAAUCCAUCCACUUCAAACCAUUCAUAAUAGUUUACGUGAAUCAGAUUUCAGAGACACUCUUUCGAAAAUCUUAAAAGUAAAUCAGUGAAAGUAUUGUUGAAAUCUAAAUGUGAUUAAUUAUGUUGUAUAAAUGUGUGAUUUUGUUUGUGGUUCAAUGUACACAAGGAACCCCAGUUCAGUUUCCGAGUACACAUGCUACGAAAAUUCUUCAUACGUCACCUGAGUAUGUUCUGACUGCCCCCCGGACACUAGUUGAAGGAAGAAACUACAAUAUUCACGUCAAUAUUCUCAAUCCUACAGUACCAAGGUACAGUGUGAGCCCUGUGCGCGUUGAUGCAGCGCUUCUGCGCGAUGGAGCAAAAAUAGAGAGCUCAGCAAGCUCAGUAGAGGUGGUUCCAGGGACCAUACAGCAAAUUCAGCUCAAGGUGCCUGAUCAUCUUGCAGAUGUGGAAUACAAGAUACAGAUAACAGGGACAGAUUAUGGCAGAUUUUCUGGAACUAAGUUUAAUAUUUUGGAACCGCUUGCCAUCUACCGACAAGAUCUUAAACUACAAGUUCUUCUCUCACAACCACUCUACGCUCCUGGACAAACAGUUGGUAUCCAGAUCUUUCUCAAGGAUAUCCAAACCUCUCUUUACACUGGAUAUAUCCACUGUUCUCUAAUAUCCCCAGCAGGUUUGGUUGUCUCUGAAUGGUCUCGACGUAUACUGAACAAUGAAGGGAUGAAAGUGGACUAUCUGCUGGCCAGCUCAACCCCCCUGGGCAGGUGGACAAUCAAGCUUCAAGUAGAGAAUCAGAACCUGGAGAAAGGGUUCUAUGUUCUGGAACCUGACUCUGAAAGGUUUCAUGUAAGGAUAGAUUCUGCUGAACAAGUUUCUGAUUCUACAAAAUGUAUGUCUGUCACAGUUUCAGCAAAGUACUCAGAUUCCGGGCGACCAGUGGAGGGCAAUCUGACAGUUCAGGCAGAGAUAAAAUCAGAGUUUGGAAGUUGGAACUAUACUUUAUCAGAUGCCAGCUGGCAGUACAUAAACAAACAAACCAGUUUCCAGUAUUCUCACAUGUUUUACAAGCGCAGAUUGGAACAUUUACAAGAUUGCAGGCUGGGGGUUGGACAAUCUGUUCUUAACUUUUUUAAUGGAUCCUGGAAGCUGAGUAUACCAGUACAGGAUAUAUUGAAACAAACCUUGGCUGCCCAAAAUAUUCAAAUUAUCGUCAGGGCCGAGGUUGUAGAUCAAAGAUACCAGGAAAGGAAUCAAGGAUUCAGGACUGUUCAAGUUCAAGAUUCUCAACUUAAAAUUAGAGUUCAUGGGAUUAAAAGUAGCUGGAUAAUGUUGGACACUCCUCUUCAGAUUAAGAAAAGAACUGCGCUUUAA